AUGGCCGGCGUACGCGAUGAGCGGAGAUACCAGGGGAAGGAGAACAACGCAGUCCUCUGCACCCAAUCAAUCUACGCAAGCUUAUCGCCCUCCUGGGCAGGUCCGUCUCCGACGACGUGCAGGAGUGGACUAGUUUCGAACAAGAAUUUUAUACAACCACAAGACUACAAGUCUGGCAUCGGCACACUAGCACCUUUGUGUACGGUCUAUCCGGGGAACCAGGUUCCCACAACAUGCAGUUCUGCUGCCUGCGAUCUUAACACUGAAACCUGCGCCGACUUGAUGUUCCUCAAACCUAGUGUGCAUAGACUGUUGUGGUCCGAUUACUUCACUUUAGGGCCUACAGAUCCUGUUGUGCCACUGGAUGCGAGUAUUCUGAACGUGCCCUCUCUCCAGGAGUUUCGGACAGCCCUGAACACCACCCUCAAAAUACCAAUUUUCGACACCCCACCGACCCCGGUCUCAAUGUCUACACGCGACUUCAUAUCCCUCCAUGAUGCUGCGGCGGCUGCGCAGUCGAGCCAUCGCAAGGUCUUGGCCGCCGGUAGGGCGGCGCUGACUGCGUCGCCCGGGAAGGUUUUGGACUUCCUGGCUUCUGGAUUCGGAUUGUAG